AAACUGAUGCUCAUGCAGCGAGAGUUUGGAGAAGUGCUGCUUGUACAAGUUAAAGCAGGCAGCGAAGAAAGAGCAACCAAAUAAAAAGCAGCUGCAGGGACAAAGUGGACCUUUCUGAAAUUAAAAAAACAUGUCUUUCUUCACGAGGGUUUUGAGAAUGAAAUGCAAGCGGACACUUGAAUCUGAGAGCAGGACUUACUUUCACCACGCGAUUUUUGUCAGCAGGUUUCACCAGCUGCCCAAGCUUUCCGGCAGCCCGUCUCUGGAGGUGCAGAACAGCCCGCCAGGGAACAAAGAGGAGGUGAUGGCAGACUCGGAGGGCGCAGGAGAGCUGCUGAACCCCCCCGCCCCCAGCCAGCUCCGCCGGGUGAAGAGCCUGCACGAAAUGCCGGGACCCAACACGCUCUACAAUCUGUACGAGUUCUUCUGGAAGGACGGCUUCGGCCGCAUUCAUGAGAUCCAGCAAAAGCACACUCAGGAAUAUGGGAAGAUCUUCAAGUCUCACUUUGGUCCCCAGUUCGUUGUAUCCAUUGCAGAUCGAGAUAUGGUUGCUCAAGUCCUCCGGGCAGAAGGUAGAGCACCGCAAAGAGCUAACAUGGAAUCAUGGCAGGAAUACAGAGACUUAAGAGGAAGAGCUACCGGACUUAUUUCUGCGGAGGGGGAACAGUGGCUAAAAAUGAGAAGCGUUCUGAGGCAAAAAAUUCUGAAACCCAAAGAUGUGGCUGUUUACUCUGGAGGAGUCAAUGAAGUUAUUAUAGAUUUAAUUAAAAGAAUCCACACCCUCAGAAGUCAAGAGGACGACAGGGAAACAGUGACCAAUGUUAACAACCUUUUCUUCAAAUAUUCAAUGGAAGGUGUGGCAACCAUUCUUUAUGAAUGCCGGCUGGGCUGCCUGGAAAACAACGUCCCACAGCAGACUGUUGAAUAUAUUGAGGCUCUAGAGUUGAUGUUUAGUAUGUUUAAGACCACUAUGUAUGCAGGUGCUAUUCCCAGAUGGCUUCGUCCACUUAUUCCAAAACCCUGGAGAGAGUUCUGCAGAUCCUGGGAUGGACUCUUCAAAUUUAGUCAAAUCCAUGUUGACAACAAAUUAAAGGCUAUUCAGUCUCAACUGGACCAGGGAAAAGAAGUGAAUGGUGGGCUACUCACAUACCUCCUAGUGAGUAAAGAACUUACUUUGGAAGAGAUCUAUGCCAAUGUGACGGAAAUGCUCCUGGCAGGAGUGGACACAACUUCUUUUACUUUGUCCUGGGCAACAUAUUUGUUGGCAAAGCACCCUGAGGCUCAGCAAUGUGUUUAUGAGGAAAUAGUCAAUAAGCUGGGGAGGGACCAAGUUCCUGUUGCUGAUGAUGUCCCCAAGAUGCCUUUGAUUAGAGCUGUGCUCAAAGAAACCCUGAGAUUAUAUCCGGUAUUGCCAGGAAAUGGAAGAGUGACCCAAAAAGACUUGAUUGUUGGAGGAUACUUGAUACCUAAAGGGACGCAGCUGGCACUCUGUCAUUAUACUACUUCAUACAGUGAAGAAAAUUUCCCAAUGGCAGAUGAGUUCCGACCUGAGCGCUGGCUGAGGAAAGAUACUUUGGACAGAGUAGACAAUUUUGGUUCAAUCCCAUUUGGUUAUGGCAUUCGAAGUUGUAUAGGAAAAAGAAUUGCAGAGCUGGAAAUUCAUCUUGCACUGAUUCAGUUGCUACAGAAUUUUGAGAUCAAAAUUUCUCCCAAAACUGAACCAGUUCGUGCCAAAACUCAUGGACUUUUGACUCCUGGAAACUCCAUCAAUGUGAGAUUUUCUGACAGAAAGUGAGACUCAAAUGUUUUGGAAAUACUUGUAUAAUUUUCAUGGAAACAGACACAUCUCAUGGAUGUUUGAUCAUAUUUGUUCUCUGGUUUGUGGUUAUAUGGCAAAAUGAUCAAGUCUUACAUUCUAGCAGUACAAUAGAGAAGUUACCACUCUCAUAAAAGAUAAUUACACAUUUGGAACUAUAUCCUGAAGCAAUUCCUUUUUGCACUGGGAAUCUCCCUUUCUCUGGAAAGAUUUCUAGCAGUAACAGCACAUGCACUGAAAAGAGCAAGUGAAAUUCAGAAUUUUUGUAUCAUCCAGUGGUUUUGUUACACUGCUUAGCCAUAAAAGUCAAUUAUUCAUGUGAGUCUAUUUGAGAAUAUGUAGAAUUAUUAUAUAAUAUAUGCAAAUUAGCUGCAUGUAUGAGUUGGUGUUUUCCUGUUUCUUGUCCUCCAGUGUGUUUUUUUAAAGUUUACACCUAACAGUGAAAUUAUGAGAUCAUUCUUCUCUUGUCUGUAAAAGCAUUUACGCUACAUGUUAAAAAAAAAGAAUGCAGUAGUAUGAAAUGUAAAGAUACAAAAAAUACAAAUUAUAUCUAUUUGUUUAGACUCAAAAUUAAGGACAAUUAAAAAAUAUCCAAGCAUAAGCCCCAUAAAAUGUUUCUAUAUCAUUAGAAAAUUUUAAAAAAUUUAAAUCUUAAAAAUAAAAAUUUAAACCUCACAUUGCAGAAUUACGAAUCCCAGACAGUGUCCUCAUUACCAAAGCAUAAGCUGAGUGGAAUAGCACAAGCCACUGUCAUCGUUCUAACUAAUGUGCCAAAACCAAGCAUCAAGGUAAACAAUAAAAAUGAAGUAGCUGUUAUAUUUUGUCAUUUACUUUAAUUAAAAUACUACUGCUACAACAAUAAUAAAAUUAUCUUUACAGUUCUUUAACAGUAAGAACUGGAAACUUCCAAUCGUAAUGUGCUGAACCAUAGACAGGUGCAUAGCUGCCUUCUGUAAGAUGGAAAUGUGACUACUAAGUGUUUUGAGAUUUUUUUAGAUCUAGUGGCUAACACAGAGUGUACACUUGAAAGUUUUUUUGUUGUUGUUUUCUUUUUCCUAGAACAACUAACAAGUAAGUCUCUCCUGCAUGAGACUUUGAUAACUUAAUUUCACUGAGCGCUAACCUUACCUUCUCAUUCUUGAGAGAAACCUUACAGCUUGGGACCAUGUUAUCCCUUGAGCAAAGAGCUCAAGUCUGUAUAUCCUAAUACGAAAUUAACUAUGUAAUAAUGUAUAGUUAACUGCAGAAGUGUCAAGUUUUGAUUGCUGUUUGUGACGUAGUUUACGUACUGAUAAUCAUAAACUUUCAGACAUAUGCACAGUUAGAAAAAAGUUGUGCAACUCAGUUUUUAAAAUCACAUUAAUCUGCUUUGCUCAUCUAGCUCUGAAAAGUCAAAGGUAGGUUAUGAAUUAAAUAAUAUACUUCAGUUUUAAUGAUGAACAGGAAAUUCUGCAUAGCUGAGUUUUACAGACACAUAGUAUUUUGAUUACUUUUUGUAUAGUGCCUUUUGAAGGUCUCGACAAGAGAAAAAAUGUUCCACUUUUCCUAUGGAUCUCCUAUGUAAAAUAAUAACACUAAAUAAAAUGGAUCUGAUCUGUGAGAAGAUUAAAUGUUUACAUAUUGACUUUAAAAUGUUAAUCCUGUAUUGAGCAUAUAUAUAUACUAUAAGAACUGAGGGUAGUCUGUGGAAGGAUUUUUUUUUCUUGAAUGAGCUUUCCUUCUUAUAUUGUUUUCUAAGAUUUCACUUCAUUCUCUUUUAUUUUCUUUCCCAUUGUUAUUUCUAACGGUCCCAUCUUAAGUAGACUGAACAGAGUUUUAUUCACUAGAGCCAGCUGACGUCUUGAAGGAGAUGUUUUGCAAAGGUCUAUUUAAAAAUCUGUGGAUUGAGUGUUUGACUCCAUAACUCUGUCGGUUUAUGUGGACCUGGGGACCAAAGGGCAAACCCCUGAAUCCAAUUUGGAUUCUUCAUGGGGCCUCCUUUGGCAUUGUCAUAGCAUCAUUAGAAACACCAGCCAUUGUUAUGUUCAGUACCUUUGUUAUGUUGUACCAAUUCCAAACUAAUACAUCACUCUACAAGAAUGAAGAGGCAUUCUAAAAAUGCUGUUUAAAGCAUUUGAAUCUUUUCAUGAAAACAGGAAAUCUGUGAUUUUUUUUUAAUAGAGCAUCUAUACAUGUAAUUUUUGUUUUAUACAUAAUAAAGUAUUUAUACAGAA